CUCAAUAUUUACAUUCAUAUCAUAAUAUCACAAGUAGCCAUGGAUUGCUUGAAAAUUUUCUUUUUGUUAGCCAUUAUAAUGGCUUCAUUGACUAUACUUUCAGUAGCCUCACCAGUCAAUAAAUUAGAAGAAGAAAUGCCCGAAAAAGAUGACAACAAAAUGGUUGAAUCAUUUGAAGUCCCUUUGAAUGAAACUGAUGAAAGUUCAUCACCUAUUCGAGGGGUUAGUCGUUUUCUAGCACAUAGAUCACCUUAUUAUUACAAGUCGAAAAUCAUACAAAAACGUAUGACAUGUAACAAGAACCCUAGAAUAUGUCGUGCCAAAGGUAGCCCGGGGCCAUUUUGCUGCAAGAAGAAGUGUGUAAAUGUGUUUGCGGACAGACAAAAUUGUGGAUUUUGUGGGAAGAAAUGCAGGUAUAAUGAGACUUGCUGUAAUGGGCAGUGUGUUAACACAUUGUUUCACAAGAGGCAUUGUGGGGGUUGCGGUAACAAGUGCCAGCAAGGAAGUGCUUGUGUCUAUGGAAUGUGCAGCUAUGCAAAUUAAUUAGAGUAUUCAUGCAUGGAGUAAUAGUAA